CAUACCGACGCUCCUGCCUCAGCGCUGCCAUUUCUACAACUGACGGCUGCUGGACCGGAGACCUCCUCCCCGUGACGUCACGGCGGAGCGUGCGUGUGGGCGGGGCCUGCACACACGCGGACACACAGGCGCGCACGAUGGACGUACAGGUCAAAGUGCAUCCGCGGAGAGGCAAACUUUGUCCGGAUUACUGAGCGGCUUCGCAGCAUGGCGUUCUUCAGACCCAUCAAGGAACUGCGGUGCUGUUGUUAUAGAUGACUUUCUCAAGGAGCGAGUGCUGACGCCUGUCGCCCUGUGAAGGGAAAUGGAAACAAAGCCAUGUUGUAAGGAGCAUGAGGACAGUGUGGUGCAGCCCACAGAGCCGCGGGUGAAAGAGGAGGACAUCUCCACCCUUAGAAGCAUGGACGGUCACACUGCGCAGCUCUGUGUCCCAACAAGCAACAGCCAGGAGCAGUGCGGCAAAAUAAAGGCUGCACUGGAGACGGGAGACUGGGAGCAUGCUGUGGUUAGAGAGCCCGGCGGAGAACAUGAAGAGAUGAGGAAACUGAAGAAGACCAACAGUUGGAAGAUGGUGCGAUUCCAGGAGCCUUCUACUGAGGAUGAGUUGCCGGAGCGGGACAGUUCUGUGGAGAGCCUCUUCCCGGAGUAUACCAUGGAGGAGUGGACGGUGACCACGUUUGAAGAGCUGUUCUCGAAAGAAGACUGGCAGGACAUCACAGAUGAUCGUCUGCUGAGGAAAAAAGUCUUGGCCCCCGGACCCACAAAUGCCUCGCCCCCUUCCUGGGGCCAGGAAGUGACGAUUAAGAUGCAGUGUGUCCUGGAGGACCGCACUGUGGUGGAGAAAGACCGCAAGCUGGUGUUCGCCAUUGGAGAGGGAGAUGUCAACCAGGCGCUGGAGGAGUGCGUGAUGUCCAUGCAGAAGGGGGAGGUCGCGUUACUGCUGGCCGGUUCCCAAUAUGCCUACGGACUGCUGGGAAGGGAGCCGGACAUCCCCCCCUGGGCUCCUCUGCUCUACCAGCUGCAGCUGCUGGACAUGAGGGAAAAGCCUGAUCUGCUGACUUUACCCGUCGCUGACCGGAUCCGCAUCGGCAACCAGAAGCGGGAGCGAGGGAACUUUCAUUUCCAGAGGGAGGAAUUCACCUUGGCUGCAAGAGAUUACUCCAUGGCCCUGGAUGUUCUGACGACCCGCAGCAGAGAUGGUAACCAGGGCAGCAUGGAGACAGAGGAGGAAGAGGUGCGUGACUACAGAGUGAAGUGCUUCAACAACUUGGCCACGACGCAACUGAAGCUGGAGCAGUACAACGAUGCUCUGCAGUCCAGCCAGAAUGUUCUGUCCCUCGAGCCCAACAACGUCAAGGCACUGUUCCGAACAGGAAAGCUGCUGUCAGACAUGGGGCAAUACAAAGAGGCAAUGGAGGUGCUGAAAAAGGCCUUGAAACUGGAACCAACUACCAAGGCCAUCCAUGCCGAGCUGUCCAAACUGGUGAGAAGACAAUGUGGGGACAAAGAAACCCAAAAGUUCCAACCCAAACCAGCAGAAAUGCUCGGAGAAAACAUGGCACCGUUUCUGAUCCCUCCCAAAAAGAGGCCAGCGGCAAUGUCCUGGAAGUUCAUACUCGCCGCUCUGCUGGUGGCGCUGGGCAGCUUGGUCACGUCCGUCGUCCUGACCGCGCGAAACUGACCUCGCCUGCCUUUAGGUCGACUGAGUAGAGGAUGAAUGACGGCACGAGUAGAGGUGAAGCUAGACAGAAGCAUUUGAUAUUUAUUUGUCAGAAAGAUAUAAGAACACUGUAACAUUUCAGCUAUAAAACAUUUUGAUCAGAGCUCAAACAAACUGGACUUUAAAAUGCCCGACCAUUAAAACACCAUCCAACUCCGGAGGAAAGAACGCCAGUACAUUUUCUGUGUGCAGGAACCUUCAUUUAAGUCACUAAAAUGCUAAAACCGGUAAAAAAUAAAGCACAUGCAGUGGUAAUAGUGUGUGGG